AUGAAAUAGGAAAAAGAAAUGCCAUUUAAUGGAGAUUUUGAAGAUAGUGAAGCAGAUGAAGAUGAAUAAUCAUAGGAGUCUGAGAGUGAAGAAGAACAAAUAUAAAUAAAAAAGAAGAAAAAGAAAGUUGUAAAUUCUAGUAAGAAGUUAAUAAUGAAUGUUUCAGGUAUUUAAUAUAAUAUUAAAUAGACACUUAGUAUCCUGUUGUUAAAUUUGUUGGGAAAAUGAUUUAUAAGUUUAAAUUGUCUUAUGUUCCUUAUCUUGAAAAUAAUAAUUGGGACUUUUGUUGGACUGAUAAUGCUGUACUACCUGAAACUUUAUCUAAAAUGCAACGUAUAGUUCUAAUGUUUAAUGUUAAGCUCACCAAAGAAUCAAUCAUUUUCCAGGUAUGUAUUCUUUGGCAAGAAAAAAUCACCUUGGUCGUAAUCUCAAUAAAAUGCAAAAAUAAUAUCCAGAUGAAUAUGAUUUUUAUCCAAGAACUUGGAUGCUUCCAAGUGAAUAUGGAGAUUUCAAAGCUUAGUUUCAAAAGGGAAAAGCAAAGACUUUCAUUAUUAAACCAGAAGCAUCUUGUUAAGGAAAGGGUAUUCAAUGAAAUAAUAACAAAAAGGUAUAUUUUUAACACGUUCUAUUGAUUCCAUUAAUCCUCAAGAACACUAUGUUGCUUAAAGAUAUAUUCAUAAACCGUUAUUAAUAGAUGGAUUAAAAUUUGAUUUAAGAAUAUAUGUAAUGAUUUGUGGUUGUGAUCCAUUAAGAAUUUAUUUAUAUAAGGAAGGUUUGGCUAGAUUUGCAACUUAAUUAUAUUCAUCACCUCAUUCAACUAAUCUUGAUGAUGCUUGUAUGCAUUUGACAAAUUAUGCUAUAAAUAAAGACAAUCCUAAUUUCAUAUUCAAUGAAGACGAAAAGAAAAUGGAUAUAGGACACAAAAGAAGUAUGACUAGUGUAUUUGAUUUAUUAAGAAUUCAAGUAAAUAUUAUAACAUCAUCUUAUAUAGAAAUAAAAUGUAGAUUAAUUAUUAAUUGAUAUUAAGGAUUUAAUAAUAAAAACUUUUUGUGCUGUUCAACCAAUAUUAUAAUAAAACUAUACAUAAAUAGAAAAUUAUGCAAACAAUAUGUGUUUUGAAAUUCUUGGUUUCGAUAUAUUAAUUGAUAGCUCACUUAAACCAUAUUUAUUGGAAGUCAAUCACACUCCUAGUUUUACAACUGAUACUCCAUUAGAUUCCUACAUAAAAAAGAAUCUGAUUAGAGAUGCAAUUACUUUAAUGAAUAUUAAUGUCAAAACUAAAAAUGAUAUUAUUUCUUAAAAGAAGGAUCAAAUGUAAAAAAGAGUUCUUACUGGAAAAAAAACUAAAUUAUCAUAUGAAGAAAAGAGAGUCCUUAAAAUGUAAGCAUAAAAAGAGAGAGAUGAAUAUGAAUCAAAAAAUAAAGGAGAUUUUGAAUUGAUAUACCCAUGUGAUAAAUCAUAUGAUGAAUAUUUAUAACAUGCUUAAAAAUUAUAUGAAGAUUGGACUGGAGCAAGUAUAACAUAUUUUUUAUAUCUUAUUAGAUAUAAGAAGGAAUUUAAAAAGAGAUACAAUUGCUGAAUAAUCUAAACCACAAUCUUGUACUUAGAAACCAAUACUUACAUAGAAAAGUUAAUUGUAUAAGCAUGUUUAAAGUAAAGUUAACACCAAUUUAUUUCCUACCAAAACUACAAAAGCUGAUUAAGAAGUCACUUAAGAAGAACCAGAAUAAACUCUAUAAUAAAUACCAGAACCUAUUUAAUCUUAACCACAAUUAGAGCCUGAUAAUUUUGUUACUUAUGAGGAUUAUCAAUAAUCUGAAUCACUAAAAGAUUUAUACAAUUUUGCUGAAAAGAGAAUUCCAGAAAUUUAACUUAUUGACUUAAUUUAAUUUAGAAGAGCAGAAAGCAAAUAGGAUAAUUCAAGCUUUUAGAUGAUUUAAAUGAGUCAAUAAAAUUCUUUAUCCAAUCUAUCUCCAUUAAUGUAAAUUAAAUCUAUUCAAGAUUCAAAAAAUGAGAAGAAAUUUUCUAUUAGAAAAAAAAAUAAAUAACCUAAAUAGAUUGAUUAAGAAUAAGUAAAUUAUACAAUUUAAAUUUAGUUAUAUUUUUAACCCUAACCACAUUAUCAACCUCCAAUCUAAUAACAUUCAAUAUCCUAUUAAUAAUAAGUGUAAAUACAAAAUGGUUCAUUUGUCAAACCAAAAGUUUUUAGCUUAAAAUUAUAACACCCUCCAAAAGGAUAUAAAUUAUAAUCACUUCCUAUUUUAAUGUAAUAAAAUUAUACAAAAUAACGGUAUGAAUAAGGAGUAUGA